CCCUUCAAUUCUACCAGAAAGAAUCUGCGUUUGCCCUAAUAAGGUGCAAACUUUUCUCUAUCCGCCGUCACUCAAUUUGUGAAUCUAUACUUUAAUUCAGCUUGUUCUUUCUUUCUAGAUUAUAUUCAUUCUGUAAGAAUGAGGAGGAGAAGUUAUAGCCCGUCACCACCAAGAGGUUAUGGCAGGAGAGGAAGGAGCCCCAGUCCCAGGGGUCGAUAUGGUGGUCAUAGUCGAGAUGCUCCGACUAGUCUUUUAGUUCGAAAUCUUCGCCAUGAUUGUCGGCCAGAAGACCUCAGAAGGCCGUUCGGGCAAUUUGGCCCUGUGAAGGAUAUUUACUUGCCAAGGGACUACUACACUGGUGAACCACGAGGCUUUGGAUUUGUCCAGUUUGUGGAUCCUGCUGAUGCUGCAGAAGCCAAGUAUCAGAUGGAUGGACAAGGUUUCCAAGGUCGGCAACUGACUGUGGUUUUUGCCGAGGAAAAUAGGAAAAAACCUACUGAAAUGAGAUCUAGGGAACGUAGUGGAAGUUAUAGGAGUAGCCGCAGCUAUGAUCGGAGACGUACUCCCCCUCGAUAUUCCCGAUCUCCUCCUUCACGGUAUGCAAGAUCAGGAUCACACCGUGACUACUCUCCCAAGAGAAGGCAUUACUCGAGGUCAGUCUCACCUGAAGAGAAAAGAUACAGUCGUGAGAGGUCAUAUUCACGAUCUCCUGCAGGUGACCUUUCUCCUCCGCCAAAUAAUGGGUCAAGGAGUUGCAGCCAAACUCCAGUUAGAGAGUGCUCACCCUAUAAUGACAGUCCAAGGAGCCGCAGCAGAAGUCCAGUUAGGAGGGAGCGUUCUCCAGUUAGGGGUCACAGCAGGAGCCGUAGCAGGAGCCCUGGUGGUGCUCCCUACUCGCCGUGAUCCAUAAUGUGAUGUGUCUCUAUGAUAUUGAGCUCUAUAUCUUUAGUAGAUGAAUGCUUGUAAUAUGGAUCUCUACCUAUUUGUACGACUCUUUGGUGUUCUAAACUCUUGAGUAGAACUUAUUUGGCAUUGGCUACAGAUUUUAGACUUGUGCAGUAGACUAUAUCAGUUUGGAUUGUUUGUGCCAUUGGAUGCUCUUUUACAUAUGUUAAGUGUGCUUAUUGUCGUU